AUAAAAUUUCAAUUGGAUGCACUCGCAAAAUCACAUCUUCUAACAAGUAUCACUUUGUUUAAAGAAGGUCUACUUUCCCUUUUUAAAGUAUUAGACAGAAAGGAAAGAGGUGAUUAUCGCUCAAAAACAGCACAGUUAACCGCAGAUUUAUCUGCAGAAAAUCAGAAGGAUGUGUCCCAAGAAUCACCAAGAGAUCUUUCAAGUACAUUUUAUCAGGGUUUGCAAGACUUCAAACUGGCAAACUUGGAUGAAGAAGGCCACCGAGCGCUACUGACUGCAAAAGAGGAUUUUCACCAGGCCCGCCUGAAAGCAACAGAAGCGUUUAAUAAUGAAGGUCUGAGCACGUUGAAUCGCGUUCAAGCAAUAGCCAUCCGUGUUGCAGCAAAAAUUCUCGAAAACGUGGAUCAUCCCCAAGAGGCGUUAGCGGUAUGCAAAAUGUGUCUUGAAGAUCUGCACUCCUUGAAGAGAGUGCAGGAAAGUUUUAGCGGAGAACUAACGAAGGGUUUUCGCAGACCUCUCUUUGGCAAAGAAGAGCGCAGGCAGAUAAUCGCGUCUGUUUGUCAAAUAAACCGGGCCAUCUACGACGUCAUGUCGAUGAUCGGUAAAAGUGGGGAGCUGCUCUCGCUACCUUUGAUCGGCGAGGGAAAGGAUGCAAUAAAUCCACUGCAUGACUCCAGAGUCGCCGAAAUUCUUUGUAGACUUGAAAUGGAGCAGUUUUCCGUCCAGCCCUUGACACUUGGCCAACAAGAUGAAAAAGACAACCAGCUUAAAAUACCACAGGGUAUUGCUGCAGACUCACAAGGUCGCAUCAUUGUUGGCGAUGAAUGGGAUUGCAAUGUUAAAGUUUACGAUCGCUUUGGCAAGUUCCAGUACUCAUUUCCGUGUCCUCCGAGUGAAGAGCCCAACACAGUCUCAAGCAUUGCGGAUGUAGCUACCGAUGACAGUGACAACGCCUAUAUCUUGAUUGAGGUGGAGAAGUCGACGAUUUCGUACUACCAAGUAUAUGUGUUUACGAAGCAGGCUGUGUCACAAUGCUUUUCUCUCAAAGAAGAGCCCAGAAAAGUCUUAAGGAUGACAUUGAACAGAGAAAACGAAGUUCUCGUGAUAGCCGACGUUUUGGACCAAAGCUGUUCCAAGAGCAUUGUGGCGGUUUACAACAAAGCAGGACAGUUCAUGCGCAGCUUCGGAGAACAACACUUAAAAUGUUCACAAGAUUUGACUGUAGCUGGAGAUGGCCGUAUUCUUGUCCUGGACAAGGACGAUGAUUGCUCUCUUACCGUUCACGUCUUUUUUCCAAAUGGAAAACAUUCAUUCCAGUUUAACGUAGAUAAACAAGAAGGACCUUCUAACCAAAGAUCAAGGCCCUCCAUUGCUUUUCACCAAGCACUUAGUCAUGUAGUUGUGGUUGUACCUUGUAAGAAUUCUAUGGGAACGGGAUACUGCGUAAAAAUUACCGUUUACGCCUUAAAAGAUGACAGACAUGAAUCUGUUCGCAGCAUUGAACUCGCCGCGAAUGAACAGGUUUCUACCCGAGGAGUCACAGUCACCGUUAAGGGACACGUCGCAGUCGCUAUACUUGAUAGGAGCGAAGGUAACAGCAGAGCGAUUUUUGUGUAGAACAAGGCUGUGGUAUCGCAUCAAAUCGAUGUGUUUACGUUUGUUAAUGACUAUGACAAUUCUUCUUUCAAAACAUAUGUUGAACAUUUGAGUGCUGCAGCUGUUUAAUCUCAUUGUAGUCGCUGCAUAGUUGUAAAAAAAAAGAAGAAGCAAAGUUUGAUUUGUCACACAAACAGAAAUGGAACUAAAGACAGAUCAACAACAGGAUCAUUAUUUAGUGAAAACCUACGACGUAGAGAAUUCAAAAAGCAAAACCUCUUAAAAACUGUCCGGCUCAGGGAUUUACUUAAAUACUAUCUAAAAUUGAUGAGCGAAGGAGUUGAUAGAUAUCAAUGUAAAUUUGAGAUUCAAAUGUUUCGGUUAAGAUCUCGUUUAGAUUAUGAUUUAAGAUGACAUAAGUUUUAAAACUUGUGUCUGGAAUGAUUACAAACAACACAUCUGUUCACAAUGCUGCAUAGUUUCACAAAUAUGUAGAUUUUGUUCUAAUAGGAUAGUUUAGGUCGCCAAAGGACUAACGUACCCGUAGUUAUCAGACCUAUACCAGCUUCACCGAACAGUUUUGAGUCUUGUCACUUGCUUAGUAUGUAACAUUUGGCUUAUAUCUUUAACUAUUAAACAGAGCAAUUCGUUGUGGGUGUAAUGUACAGUGAUAAUUGUUAAGUUUAUCUAAAAUGUUCCUUCACCUUAAUCAGAUUAUUAAGACAAACGCCUUCCAUUGCACGGCGCUUUCGACCGUUGUUGAUUUCGUUGUCCCUCCGUUCUGUAACUUCGAGUUUCCCAGUUUUCGCCGAAACGCAGCUUUAGUAAUGUUACCUAAGAUUCCUAGAAAUGCGUGAUGCAAAAGUAAACAACAACUUAGAUUAAGAUAUGGCAUGUUUGGGCCGUAAUUGGUAACACUAAGCAAGCUUAGUAAAUGGUCCAGUACAUUGCAAUGCGAAGGCCAGAAUUUCCGGCCAAAAAAGAGCAUAUUUGAUCACAAGAUCGGCAGAGAAAUCCAGACUAAUUCUGCACUUGAGGAUGCAAUCAUCUGACUUUAAUGAGCAAAACCAAACAUAUUAGUUGUCUCGCCGCCAACACAAAACGUUCAAACUUCCGCAAAGCGCGCGAAUAUGCUGAAAACGAAACGCAACAGCUAGUAAAUAUAUGCAAAUAAUGAGAUUUGGUUUCACUGGGUUGAUACAGAGAAAAAGACACACAUAAAGAGUUUCAUUUCAAAGCUUAACCCACCUCUGAAUCUAUAGAAUACUUUCCUUACAAGGUCCCGCUGAAUGAUCGUUAUGUUUUCCUCCAAAACCCUAAUCAUGUCAGCAUCAGUUGUCAGCUUUUUCAUGUUCUCCUCCAAAGCCCUAAUCUUGUCAACAUCAUCACCGACGUUCCAUUAAUCUAGUGAUAAACUUUUGCGAAAGUGUAUGACUUUGGACAAUACCUCAGGAUUUUCAAGAAAUUUUUACUCUCGCUGUAAAACGGGACUGAAUCCUUACUUAUAAAUAACUUGGAAAGUCACUUCUUGCCCAGAGCUUAUAUCUCAAGCCUUUUUUCAAAGAAAGAAUCUAAAAUAUUUAUACGGAAGUCCACUUUUUCUCGUGUAGGUCACCCCACUGAGUCUUGGUCAAUCAUUCCAGCCAUCUCACUGCAGUUUGGAGAAUGAUAUUUAAACGUUUCACGACAAAAUAAGAAUUUCUAUAGUUUCAAAACAGACAAACUUUACAAGAUCCAUGAUAACUGUUUGAAAUAUAAGUAAAAGAAAAAAAAAAGCAACAGAAAACAAUAAAACCCUCACUCUUGUAGACAAAUCUUCCCGUGUGUUUCUAGGAAACAGUAAACCGCCAUAUGAUGAUUCUUAUUUUAACUGACGAGAUUUUCACCAAACUAAAAAUUUUCAAUUUUGGACCAUUCCCACUUUUUGCCGAUUUUUCCGUAAACCAUCACCAAACUUAGAAGAGGGGCAACAACUGAAAUCAAACGUGCGAUGAUAACGGGGCCCAGAUAUCGCCAAUUUGAUCGCUUCACCGAAUUCGAUCUAUCUUCCAACGUUUUGCAAAUUGCGUUCGAUGAAUCAACUCCCGAGCUUACUUGGCCGAUGUCCUCUUUUGAGUUAUUCCUGAUUUCUUUUAGAUGCACCGGAUCCUCGCCGGCCUCGUAACCUUCGUUUAUCGCAACCUUUUCCAGGGGAUAAGUGCAUUUUUAUGAAGUGCGCGCCAGUUUGAGCCGAUGUAAAAAAUGGGCUCUUACUUGGUGUAGAAGACACAGUAUACGUGACAUUAUUGUUUUCGAUCUACUCCUCAGUGAGCGUGUAUAAAUGCGUAUUUGUAAUGAUUUUCUGAUGUGAUGCAUUCUCAAAUUGGCACCCUUAACAGCUUGGGGGCAAGAGUCGCAAGUGAGGAGACGCUUCAACGGUGCAUGGACAGAAAAUAUAUUUCUCUGUGUUUGAUCCCGCUUUUUUAAUAUUUUGAUCAGACUCCUUGACGUCAGAAAAAAAAAAAAAGAAAAGCAAGGAAAAAAGAAAAAAUUAAAAACAAAACAACGACAACAACAAAAGAAACAAAUAAAACAUUAGCAAUUAGCAACAACAAACCACUUUAAACUGUCAGCUCAAAGAAGCGGUUAGACUACUUGGUUGCAAUGAUGAUAUUCAGAAAUUAACAACACAACAAACAGCAACUGAUAUAUCGGACAGAAGAAAAUCAAGUUUAACGUUAUCAAAGUUCUUUCCUGUAUGUCGUUGAGACAAGACCACGAGCUGUCCAACUUGCUUGUACAGAGUAUUAGAUCAGUGUCAGUGUCUGAGCAACGGCUCACCAACCCCUCCCCUAACCCAGCCCUAACCCAUACUUGUUAUCAGUGGGCUGUUUUUGUGCUAGGGGAGGGGUAGGUACUCAGUUGGUCAGAUACUAACAUAGAUCCAUAUACGUUUUCACAUCAAAUGAUUUCACUUACAUCAAAUCUUAGGUCCACUCGUAUUAUUAAAUGUACAAACCGUUUUCUUAGAAGACGUUAUCGAUUCAGGUCAGAGAAAGGCGAUUGUGCGAAUAAAGACAAAAUGUAAGUGAGUAAAGAGGCCUACCUUAUAGUGGCUGAGCCAAUUUUCUGUCCAGCAUGAGUUCGGCUGUAAUGUAGAAUUUUCCCAUUACGAAUAAAGAGAGACGCUUAGGCUUUCCAAUCAUAAAAUGUGCAUUCUUAGUUGUUUUGGGGAAUUUACCAUGUCUUGGACGCCUCUUUGAUCGAUUGACUCGUGGUGACCCAACAAACCUCGACGAGUUUUGUUGUCUACAGCACGGAAGAUCAGUUUUCGUAUCAUAAAAUGUCAAACUACUAGAAAAGUAAGAGUAACACUUUAAUCUUUUCUCCAAAAUAAGAGAAAACAUCUGCAGCAUGGAUAUUACCGAAUGUAUUAAAUUCCUCGGGUUUUGGAAAUCCUCAGCUUUGCGUGGUAAGUUGCUGCUAUACUUACUGUAAUCAAUUAUGUGAUUGGCAGAUUCAUUUCAAUAUACUCGGUGUGAUUGGCUGAUGUAACUGUCCGAUUAGAAGUGCCCAAUUACGACCGACCGUCUGGAUACACUGAAAAUGAAGGAGUUCCUACACCAAUCACAUUCGAGGAAACUACAAUGAUUUCAAUUAAUGCCAAAAUUUGUCGCCACAAGAAACACUCAGACGCCUCGUAACGUUCAAAAUGAAUUUAUUUUUACUCCCUGUUUCUCUUAUUCUACUGCUAUCCUUAUUUCGUAUCAAAAAGAAAACCUAUCAUAACAGCAUAUUUGUAAUAAGCAAUAAUAUAAUAGUUGGCAAUUCAAUAACUACUGUGGCUUUUCUAUAUUUUUUUAAAUACUUAAGCGAAACAAUUUGAAUAAAUCGAAAAUGGUUAACAUGAAAAUGGAUUUAUUUGCAUUCUCUGCUUUUCUUGUUCUGCUGCUAUACUUAUUGCGUAUUAAAAAAACCAAAACCUUUCAUAAAAGCACAUUUGUAAUAAGUAAUAAUAUAAUAGUUGGCGAUUCAAAAGGUUCUGUGGCUUUUCUAUACUCUUUGAAAUACUAGAGCGAAAAAACUUGAAUAAAUCGAAAACGGCUAACAUGAAAAGUUUAUGCAUUAGUAUGUUCCAGUCAAACACACGGAAAAAUCAAUAAAUUUUCCUGUAACAACGCUAACGUCAUCAAGAUGACAAUCAGGAACAUAUAUCCCUUAUGAAAAGAGCAACAUGAGGACUGCACUGAGCGUUGAGUUAAUACUGUCCUAUGUCUUUAACAACCACUGCGGAUCCAAGCUCGAUUUCUCUGUGGAGCGGAGUAGGCGUGGUCUCAUUCCCUAAACAGUGGCCUUCUCGGAAUUAAUUUAUCUCGUAAUUUAACACAACAACGUCUGUGCGGUAAGGUCAAAGUGGAUCUCGCUGUCUUGUGUCUUAAACAGCCAUUACGAAUCCAAUCGAUUUCGUUGAGGAGGAGCGGGAGGAGUGUGGGCUCAUUCCCUGACCAGUGGCCUAUUUGGCAUCAAUUAAUCUCGUCAUUUAACACAGUAACAACAUCGUGGCGGUCAAGGUCAAUGAAGACAUCUCUCAGAAAAGUUAAAGGCUUGUUCAUUGUUUCAAAUACGUUGAGGACGUGUUGCGUUGGUGACUCACGGUUACGGCUUUCCAGGAAUUGUACAUCUAAGUAAGAUGCCCCCAAACGUUCAGCCAGAUACCUCCAGUUUCCGGGCUUGGACUCGAUGUCUAGAAGCUUCAUUAAUUUCAUACGGACAUCUUCUGGAAUCGCUUUUCCUUUAUGAGGACGUUGCCGUAGCCAAACUCCGUAUUUAAAAGGAUACCGUCCAUUUCCCUUCGAAAAAGAAUGAGAUCAUUGAGGAUCUCAAAGAAUGUUGAUUCAAGGGAGGAGGGCUUAAGCUAAUAUCAGCUAACAUCAAACUUUGAAAUCCCUUUAAGAUUUUCCUGAGAACUCUUUUCUUAACAAUUUACAGCCCUAAACAGCUGCUUAGACCUAAUCACUCAUGAAAUAUGCACAUGGAACGCAAAAGUGGUCAUCCUCGAUAAAUUUAAGUGCGUAGUCUUUUUUAAAUCAAACAAAAAACUUAAUAAGAGGGCUUCGUUGAAGGGCAAAUCAUAAAUUUGGGCCCACUAACCUUCAUGAAGAUGUGGAAUCUCUUCAUAUAUUCUUCCCAAUAAGCGGAAUAAUCUUCAUUAUCGUCGUUUUCGUCUAAAUGAAAGGAAAAACCGCGUUUCAGCUCCUGUCGGGUUUUUUUUACCGGGAGCUGGGAAGAAGCUGAAUAGAUGUGAAUGCUACCAAAAAAAUGUUAGUGCCAAUCGGAACGCAUAAUACUUUAACACCCCCCCGGGCAACCUACGGAUAGUUGACCGUCGUCUGUGCUCGGGUGGUGGGGAAUUUGAACCUUGCCUCGGUGGGGUGGGGCAUUUGAACCGGGGGUGUGAAGUCUUUCCAGCGAAAUAUCUAUGUCUUAAAAGGUAUAGAGUCCGCUUUCGUGACCGAAUGGCUUAGAGAGACGAUUUUAAUUUCGUAGAAUGAUGCUUACAAGCAGGAAACCCAACAGCAGCACUCAAAACCAAUACUUAACUUAACAACAUUCGCUGAUCACACAAAUUGUUUACUGUAGGACGGGGCAUUUGAACGCAAUUUUGGUAGGAAUUUGGACGAUCCAAUCUUAAAAAGUUCAAAUACACGAGGGAUUGAUGUUGAAGCUUCGAAUGGAUCCACGCAUAGAUCUCAUGUUCAUAAACCAGGUAAAACAGCAGCAAUCACUUAACGUGUUUGGGAUAUAAGAUACCUGUCUUACACUGUCGAGGGGGAGGGAGAAGACUUCGACUUCGUAGCUCGACAUUCUCACUAGAUUGCGGCUAACAAAACUUAAGGUGUAAUAUUUGCAGUUCUUCCCAUGACAGGAUGAAAGACAAUGAACAUCUCAAUCAUUUCACGAUGGCCUCUCGCCGACGCAUGAUUAAAAAAACAAAACAAAACAAAUUAAAACUUUUUCCUACAGAAAUAUCUUAAUAAACGGUGAACAGCACCUCACGAGUAACUUAGAGGAAACUUUUUUCUUUAAAGGGAGUUGCCAAAAGAGCCGCUAAAUUUGCGAAGCGCACAAAAUGCGAAAUUACGAUGCCUUGAGUGCAACAAGAUGACAUGACCCAUUCCGCGGAACGGUAGAACGGUGGAAUGCCGGAUCGGUGGAAUAGCGGAAAGUCUUAAAACACAGAAUGACGGAAUAUCCUGAAACAUGGAAUGCCUUGUUGAAACUUAAGUCUGCCAAAAAUGGAAUUGCAAUAUCUUUUUCAUGAUUAAUAGAAAAAAUUAAAAGCAGCAUUUCUACCGUUAUCACUAUUACUAUUAUCAUUAUUAACAUGAUUAAUUUUUACUAUUUCAUUCUUGGUUACACGUCAAUUAGUCACUAAACUCUUGAAUCACAGGUUUUCUGUUUUGAAUGUGAAUACAAAUCUUCAGCAACACUACCUUCUAACGUUAUUUUACAACCUUUGGUUUUUUCAGUGCUAUAAAAAUUGUGCCAUAUCAGUACUCACAUGCAGUCUCAGACCACCUAUUUUCAGGUUUUAAUAGGAAUAAUGAAUGAGUUGCAAGUAAUCGGAUCCUUGCGUUUGCGCAAAGAUUUCUGGGAUCGCCACCGAGCAAACACUGCAACUGUUAAAUCAGAAAUGGGUGCGGGUAUUAUCGAUACAAGGGUUGCACGAAAUUUUGUUCAAACAACCGUGAAAUAUUUAGUAAAAUUUAGCGGUUACCUUUUCUCCAUGCGCAAGAAUUAUGAAAUUCACAAAUAUCAGUUAUAAUUUGCCAAGAAAUAACUCAAUGAGGCAUUUUCUGUUUUAUUUACAAGUGUUACCACUGCUAUCUUUUCUCUUAGCUUGGUAAAACAAGAAAAAAAAAAAGAACGCUACAACAGCUACCUCGAGGAAGCAGGAAAUUGAAAUGAUAUAAUCGUGAUACAUUAAGUGAUUAAACACCUACAUUGCCUCUUUGUUGUGAUCAAUGAGAACGAAAGCGCUGAUUGUCGGUUCAAAACUGAACCUUUUCUUAUGCGAUGAUUAAAAGGUACAAAUGGGUCGCUAAAGAAGCGAUGCAGAACUGAUUGCAUGUCCACAUUUUCUUCCGGAGUUCCCAUGAUCUUACUUUUCCUGACAAGAUUCUCCGAAGAGCUCGAGAAGAAAAGUGGCAGCUCAAAAACAUUAGGAUUUUUCUCGACUAGCCAUCACUUCACCAAGGGAUUUCCUUUUGUUUUUCAUCGCUUUUUAACUUAAGACCAACAGCUCAGUUAAACAAUUUCCAUCUCCGCUGACGACGACUUCUCUCCUUUGAGGAAGUAUAUUUCAAUUUCCGAGAUAGUAAUUUGUUUAUGCAAGAAUACAACUAAAAAGACUUAAGUGAGUUAGUUCCUUGUGAUUUAUGGCUACUUUUGUAAUAUGUCAAGACCAUUACGCGAUGACGAUUCCACAAUAGACCUCACGCUGGGAGAGAAAUCGGUAUAUUUUAUAAGAUAUUUCGUGCUAAUGCUAACGAGAACUUUCUCUUCCCUCGUAUCAACAUUAUCUUAAUCUAUUUAUGAUAACACUGCGGCGAAAAAAGCGUUGACCUCUCUACAAUAACGUUUUUUUUGGACGUCGAAACAAUCCUUCGCCAUAUAUUUUCUUCUAACGUGUAAUGUUUGCCCCGUGACGAUCCCAGAAAUCUUUGCGCAAACACAAGGAUCUGAUUACUGGCAACUCAUUCAUUGGUUAUAAUAAAAGUUUAGAUCUAAUCUUUUUAUCUGCUCUAGAAGUCAAUCCACAACAGGAAAAGUAGUUACGCAGUGUUUUCGUUUAUACUAAAAUCAAAUAUGCGUAGUUUCUAGUUUAGCCAAAUUGCUAAUUAUGGCAAAAAGCCAAUAUUUUUUUGGUUAAAAUGAACGAUUUACCAGUUAGAGACCAGAGGAAAGCAGUGCUAGUGAGAUAUUUGAGAACAUUCGGUCAACAUUACUAUGGAAGUGUCAGUUUAGCUCUUUACAUACCAACAUCCAUACUCUACAUAUUAUGAUGUGGUCUGCUUACAGUAUUACUGCAAGGAGAAAUUAAAUGCUGAUCACUUGUAAGGUUUAUAGGGUUAACCUUACAUGGCUUUUCGUCCCAUUCUUCUAAAUGAGCAUGGUACCCUGGAAUUUCAGUGCUAGAAGUUACUGGCGUUUUACUACCCCGUACUUAGAUUUUGUAAGAUGCUCUAUAGUGUUGAGUCAAGUUUUUUUGAAUUUCUGUUAUACCUCUAGAAAAUAAUAGGACAGAGAUGGAGGCUUCUAAUCCAGGCCUUGGGAUAUCUUUUCUCACAAUCUUUCGGACGAGAAUGUGUUUCCUGGAAAGUCCUCACUAAUUUAAUUCAACAUGUAUCUGAUCUUCUGAAGUGCCGACCACUUUUGGCUUUCCACUCAGUGACAUAGUUUUUAGUUAACAGGCGGUUAGGGCCUUUUUUUCCUCAGUAGAUAGAGCAGCGUUAAAAGCAAAGCUAAGGAUUACUCGUGUAAACCCUCCAAUAACUUUUCGACUCUAGUCUUCGACGUAUCUUGGCCAACGCCCCGAUUAUCUGUCAGUCCUCCUUUUUUUUCUUGGUUAUACUUGUUCAGCCACGUUCGCGCAACUUAAUAGCACUAUAGCACGCGUGUAACGGCAUCCUCUGUGAUAACUUAUCCCUAUACAAUCUUUUAUCCAAGAUAUCUAAUAUAAAAUAACCUGCUUUCAGUUGUGUGCUUUCUGCCUCGAAAACCGAGCCAGUUAUGAAUAAUAGAGAAGACUUACCUCGCUACAAGGGUUGUUCCUUUGUAUCGUGUGGGUUUCUUAAGUUGAUAUAGGGAAGUUUAGCUCAGUUUUGCUCAUGUAGUCUACUUUGCCCUCUAUAUAAUAUAAAAAAACCCAUAACCGUGAAUUUUUCCCUUCAAACGUAGUUCAUGCCUCACUCGACUCACUGACUUUUUCACAAGGUAAGUUCAAAUAAGAUCUUCUCCAUUUAUGCCAGGCUAUUGGAAAUAGUUCUUUGAGAGUCGUCAUUUGAAUGGCACCAUACUCCCUGGUGGUUACUCUUGAAUUUAAGGUUGGGCACUAAGCAAUAUCUGCUCCACAGGGGAUCUCCAUGCAUCGUAAUCAAUAAUGUAGAAAUAUGCCCCAUUACAUACUCUCUUGGUGAUAAACCCUUUACAGCCUAAUGUCAUUAUACAUAUUCUCCAUACUGUUCUUUAUACAUAUCCUAAGGUGCUGACAAGGAGAAUUUGUUUACGGACCAAAAGCUUUUUUGUUGGUGAUCAUUUCCUUCAUUCUUAUGACCUUAGUGUUUGAUUCAGGGGUGAUAUUGUAGGGAGAAAUUAGAUGUUGGUCACUCUCAGGGUUUAAAGGGUUAAUUCAGGCUACUAGAUCGAUAUGGCGUACUUGGCAAUAAUUCCGCUACCAUAGCCUGCAAUGAAUAUUGACAGAAGCUUAUAAGGUUCUGACAUGAUUGCUAUGAUGGUAACGUAAUUAGUAGCCUGCAGUGCAAGCGUCUUAAUGGUGCGAGCAAACGCUAUUAGCUCGCGAUCGUUUAUCCGACCAGCCAUGUUUAAUUUGGAGUUAGAGUGGACGGUAGGAGUAGGGGUCGGCUGCUUAGUACAAAUCUCUUUCUGCCUUGCCUUCCGCUACCAUUUUUGUUGAGAAGAUACUGCGCACUCGCUCGCCAAAAUUACGCCUGCUCAGCAGGCUACGCAAAUAGUAGCAUUGCUGUAAGUAUUGUAUCGUAAAUUGUAUUGUCCACUUUGUAAAAAUUGUUCCUUGAGACUGGAAUUGGGAAAAAGAAAAAAAACACUCGAGUUCCGCAAAAAGUGCAAUAUUUAAAGUUACGAAACGUUACGUUGUAGUUUUAUAGCUGGUAACGCAACGCUAUCAGUAGUAGUGUAACACACGUAUGAUAACAAGAAGUAUUGUAAGGUACCACAAUUAUUAGCACUGCUGUAAGUAACCUAUGCUGUAAGUUCUGUGUUGUAGAUUGUAGGAUUUUUUUUGUCUACAUUGUAAACAGUUUCUGUAAUCAAAAUGAAAAAUUGAAAAAAAAAAACAGGAAUACCAUACAGUUGAACUUCCCAACAAAGAGAAAAGCAAACCAUUUUUCAGAUCUAUGUACUUCGUUCUAGCCAAGAGAAAAUAUAGUUGGUAUUCUCUUGGUUCUAGUAAAACAGAUGGAUAUUCAUUCAUUGAUCCCCCAGUGAGACCCAUUGUGACUGAGCAUAGCAUAUAAUCUAUCAGUUAACAAGCACAGCAGAUUUCGUUGCAAGUUUGUUCUCUAUGCUCUUUUUUCCAUGACACUGAGCACUUGAUCAGAAGAUAUGUGCCAGCAGUUUGGAUGGUAGCAUUUUGAUUAGAAUUGACACGUGACUAUGAAAUGGCUGAAUAAUUGGUAAAAAAUGACUCUACAUGUCCCAAUCAACUCAACACAGCAACCAAACUCAUUUGAAUAUAUACUGCAACAUGCAACUGUUCACCACUAAUACUAUUCCCCUGCCCCACCCACCCCAAAAUGAGCAUUCCCAAAUUUUAUUUUGGAUAGCAAGUUGUCCCCGUUUUAGAAGAGCAAAUGAGUCAAUACCAAUUUUAACAACUGUCUAAUUUAAGAAAAUAAACGACACUUUUUAAAAACAUGUUUUGACAGUUCUUCUGUCAUCUUCAGUUCUGAUUUAUACAAAGUUGAAUUUAAAGUGUACAACAAAAUGCUGACGGGACAAAAAAAAACAAUAGUAACAGAACAAUGUAUGCAAUUACAAGGAAACCUCUCUGCAUUUACCCACAGUUUGCAUGAGCACUUGGUCAGUGAUAGGACCUCUCACAUUUUCAGACCUUUACAAAAUUCUCCACAACGUUGCACUCUAUGUUCUGCUGAGCGUUUUAGCAUCUUGGAUCAUGCUUCCACAACUUUCCAACUUUCAACAACCAACCAACAAGCUAUCCCCAUUCAAUGGGAGCAACCUACACUUAAUCAACAACUUUAUCCUGCUAAUUUAAAACUUUCCUUGUAAUUGCAUGUUUUUAAAAAGUGUUGUUUAUUUUCUUAACUGUUAAUUAAUAUAUCUCCCUCUUCCAUCCCAUGGUAUUUUUUCUUUUCAUUUCUUUUCAUCACUUUUUCUUAUUUUCUCUCUUUUCUUUUUUCUUAUUUUUUUCAUUUUCUCUCAUCUCUUUUUAUUCUUCUCUGUUUUAUUUUCACCCUUUUCUUUUUUCUCUAUUUUUCUUUCAUUUCCUCUUUUCUUAUUUCUCUUUUACUUUUAUUUUCCCAUCUCUCUCUUUUCUUUUUUUCAUUUUCUCUUUUGUUUUCAAUUUUUCUCUUCUUUUUCUCUCUCUUUUCUUUUUGUGACUUCAUCUUUUUUGUUUUGUUUUAUCUGUUAUAUUUACAAUAACAUCACACAACCUAUGAAGCUCCUACUAGGUAUGUUCUGUAAUACACUAUUGCAUGAUACUUUUACACUUGUCACUGGAAACCCCAGUCCCAGGGACACACAAUCACUAGCCAUUUCAUGAACAGUUGAGCAUGUUCACUAUGUAAUAUUUAGUCAGUGAGUUUUUAGUUUGCACAAGGCAUCUUUGAUGUCAACUUGAUUGAUUGCUCUAUAUCAAAUCAUUUUUAUAUAUGUAUUUGGGUAUGUGCAAUUUGGCAGUCUUAACUUUUUGAGGUGAGGAGGAGCCAUAAGAAAAAGAAACUAGAAUAAUGCUCUACAUACCAUACUUAGUGGAUAAUUUUCCACCAAGCCACCCACCAAAUGGAGAUUAUGCCUCACAUUUAAGGACAAAUUCUUUUUAAAAAUGUGUCUUUGUGAAACUUCAGCAUGCCUCAUGUUGCCCCCCCCCACCUUGCAGGAAGUAGGUUUGGUGGUUGCCAGUGACAAGUGCAUUGCAAAAUACUAAAACUGAUAGAAGUUUACUCACUAUCCUUAACCCUUUAACUACAAAGAUCUCAUUAGUAAUUCUCUUUACUGUCUUCCAAACAAUUCUCAUUAUGUUAGUUUGGAGAAUUUGGUAUCAGAUCAAUUAGUAAUCCCAUAAUUGACAUUUUUCUUUAUUCUCAUCACUUGUGUGCAUGAUGUUGUAUGGAUGUAGUAGGGAGAAAUUCUGGCCUGGUCACUCACUGGCCACUCAAUGGCCUGGUCACUCACUGGCCUGUCCACUCAUGGCAGUCAAAGGAUUAAACAUAAAGGGAAAAUAUUUAUAUUAAUGAUAGGUCCACCAGAUAAUAAUGAUAAUAACAAGGCAUAAUGUGCAACAACAAUGUGUACAAAUGAUGCAUAAGGCCCAAUUACACAGGCAUGAUGCAUAAAAUGUUCAAUUACAUUGUCCAGUAACGAGUAUGAUGUAUAUUCUGUACUAUUAAUGCUGGGGAGAUUAAAAUCAAAAUUAAAGAAAUUAAAGAUGGAAAUUCUAAAUACCAAAGGAACCAAACUGAAUGAGAUUUAAUGUAAAAAGUGAAUAUAAUUAUUUUUAUGUUCAAUUUAUGCAUGUUUGAGCUCUGAAUCAUGAUACAAAGAUAUUGCAAUGAUAAUGUAUAUCGAAAACUAUGUAAAGGAAUUCUCUCCUAAAUUUGACUGUCUGGUUAUUUUUCAGGGCUUACUGUAGUUGCGAACCGAAACCAAAAUUAACUUUUGCAAAUUAUCUGUGCUGGCAAAGAUGCCAGUUUCAUUCAGGAUAAGGUUAUAGCAACGAAAUAGUUCACGAACGGUUGGCUUUGAGCGGCUGUAAAAAAUGCCAGUUUUAUUCAUGAUUAUCUUAAUUAACGAAAUAGCCCACGAACGAACGGCUUUAAGGGACUGUAAAAUAGCCAGUUUCAUCCAUGAUCAUUUUAAGUAACGAAAUAGCUAACGCAGGAAUGGCUUCGAGCGACUGAAAAAAAUACCAGUUUCAUUCAUGAUUAUUUUAAGUAACGGCAUAGCCCACGAACGAAUGGCUUCGAGUGAUUGUAAAAAUGCCAGUUGGUCGGGUACUUUUGCGAUGUCUUUUAUUUCUCAAGUGACCAAGACAAAAUUUGUCAACGAAAAAUGUGCUGGAUACAAGUAACGGUCUUCCUUUUGCGCGCCAAAAUCUUAAUUUUCGUUUCACAAGAUAGACACUGAAAUGAGAAACUCUAACGAACGGUUCGAACUUUCUCAAAAUGGUUACAAAAAGGUCUCUCUUUUAAAACAAUAUCACAUUUUUUUCGUUUUCGUUUGUUUUUGUCCUUCUAUUUACCCAAGUGUUUCACAACGGAAUUAUCAGUGGCACCAAAGACGCCGAGCCACGUUUUGUUUGAUUAAGAAAUUAAAACGAUAUUCCUACUACUUACGAGUUUUCGACAUCUUUAUCGUAGUUCAUGAAGAUUCACUUAAGUUUGGUGACACUUAAAACUUGUAGAAAACGACAUUUACGAC